UAUAAUCUUCACUUUGAUUCCUUCCUAUAAGCAAACCAUAAAAAGAAGCUAAAAUAUUUUCUUUUUAAACUGUGUUUAGGAUUUUAUUACAAACCUUUUCAUCCAGGAGGAAACUAUAAUAUUGCUGACCAUUGUUUGUUGAUUCUAUGUCAUUUGUUCACAUUGUCGGGAAGGAAUUUGCCUGUAGAGAGAACUAGCUGGUUUAGGGAAAAAAUUAUAAAGAAAGAAAGAAAAGGAAAAGAAAAUAUACACAUAAAGAGCAUGCAAGUGGAAUGCUAAUAGGAAAAACGACCUGCGUGGGAAAAGUGGUUGUGAGGCAGUGAGGAAAACUGAUCUGGAAUGAAGAUAAUUGGAAAUACCAUGACUUUGUGUGUCUUAUUAUGCAAGGAGCAACAUGUUGACGAGGAAGAGAUGGAGGUCUCUGCUGUGCCAGCUGCACAUACUGAUGUUUAUUCUAGGAUUCCUUUUCUUUUUGGUGAUAGUGGCACUACUGGAUCCAGAAGCCCAGAGUGAGGGCAAUGAUAGAAAUAUGCAUCACCAAGGAAGAGGGGAAUAUAUCUGGGCAGGUGGGGGAGCUUUGCUGGAGAGUGGGGAACAGAGCAAUCAGUACAGGGUGGAGGUGUUAUCUCCCCUGUCUUCUCUGAGGGAUGAGGGACUAAUUGCAAUUGGGGUAUCUGAUUCUAGAAGGAACCUUGGCAAGGUCAGGAGAAAACUCUACAGGAUAGUAAGGCAGCCCAGGAAGAAGAAUGAAGAUUUAACUACUCUAGUGCCACAGAGUGUAGUGGUUCUGGACACGCAGGGUGUUAAUGAGGAUGCAAGCCAGAAGGUCCCCUUACGCAGGAGAGUACCUGAGGGUCGCCACCCACUAUGUCUGCAAGAGAAUUACAAUGAGAAACUCCCCACAGCCAGUGUCAUUAUCUCCUUCAACAAUGAAGCUUGGUCUACACUUCUGAGAACUGUGCACAGUGUUCUUGACACUUCUCCAAGAAAAUAUCUGAAGGAAAUAAUCCUAGUGGAUGAUCUUAGUAAUCACGAGCAUCUUAAAUCUGCCCUGAGUGAAUACAUUGCAAGACUUGGUGGCGUUAAGUUAAUCAGGAGUAACAAGCGGCUUGGUGUUGUUGGAGGACGUAUGCUGGGAGCAGCAAGAGCCACCGGGGAUAUUCUUAUCUUCAUGGACUCACACUGUGAGUGUCACUCAGGCUGGCUAGAGCCUUUGCUCAGCAGGAUUAUGAAUAGCAGAAAUUGUGUAGUCUCCCCUGUUCUAGAUGUGAUUGACUGGAGGACAUUUGACUAUCAUCAUUCUGCUGAUCUGCGGCAAGGAGUAUUUGAUUGGAAACUAGAUUUUCACUGGGUUACUCUACCAGAGCGUGAAGAGAAGGUACGACAAUCCCCCAUCAUUCCGUUCAGAAGUCCAGUAAUACCAGGCUGUGUGAUCGCAGUGGAUCGUCAUUAUUUCCAAAAUAUCGGAGCAUUUGAUAUGGGCAUGACCUUCUGGGGGGCUGAAAGCACAGAACUGUCAAUCCGGGUUUGGCUCUGUGGAGGUUUAGUUGAAAUUGUUCCAUGUUCACGUGUUGGCCAUGUGUAUCGCAAUCAGGGAACAUAUACUUCACUUCAUUAUGAAGCAGAACUGAGGAACAAGAUACGAAUUGCUGAAGUAUGGAUGGAUUCAUAUAAGUACAUGUUCUACAAACACAAUGAAAAAGCUUUGAACCAGACAACUGAUAUCACUGAACGUCAGCAGCUGCAGAUAAGAUUGGGGUGUAAAAGAUUUGAAUGGUUUUUGGCAAACAUUUAUCCAGAAAUAAACUCUUCUUUGAUCCUGGAAUCAGCUGGACAACUUUUAAAUUCAGGUUUUGGAUCAUGUAUGAAUUAUGAAUAUAACCAAGGAGUAUCAGGACAACUUGUUUAUCUUUCCAACUGUGAAAAUAAAAUCAACCAGCUUUUUGAGUAUAACAACAUGAAAGAAAUCAGGUUUGCAGCAUCACUUUGCCUUGAUGGUAGACAUGAACAGAUUAUCCUUGAAAACUGCACUGCUACUGAACAUCAUAACCAAAGAUGGGAUUUCAACGAGGAUGGAUUAUUGAUACAUGUUUAUACCGGCAAGUGCAUAGAGGCAAUAAGCAGUGAAAUGGGCACAAGUUUGUAUCUACGGACAUGCAAUAACCAAAGAAAUCAAAUCUGGAAAAUCCUACACCAGUAUUAAGUUAAUCAAUGGAAAUGUGAUCAUUACCAAGCCUUCAAUUGCAGAUUGACCAGAUUCUCAUAGAGAAACAAAUUCUUGCUGCAGUUAGGUUGCUAUGGGGUAAGAGCUAGAACAAAUAGCUUACGUGUGUAUUUUAUGUUAAUUUGCACUGCUCUUCUGUUGGAUAGACUUCUGUGGUGAAAUGAUUGGAAUUUAUACAUUCAGAAUUUGGAAUACCUCAAUAUUUUUCAUCUGCCUAAAAGAGGAAUUUCUGACUAGGAAAUCCUCACGUUUCAGUGCUUCAUUUGGCACUCUUGUCCAAGCAUAUUGCCUGCUGAUAUAUCCAGAGACCAUUUCCAUUUGCAAUUAAUCUCAUCAUCCAUUGUGUAUUGUGUAUUUAUUUUGUUUCUUGUCAAAAGGUCAACAAACAGCCAAAUUAAUUAUGUCAUCUGCAACCUCUCUUAAUAUAAUAUCUUGUAAGACAACUGGAA